ACGACUUCAACAGACUCCUCAGACUCGUCCGGUGUGUGUUUUCCAGCCGACACAUCCUCAUCGGAGCGGCGCUUUUCGGGAGCUGGUUUUAUGAAGACAAUGAUGGAGCUAAUGACUGAUUCCCCUUUCUAUCUCAACAAUACAUCAGACGCCACUGGAAGAAAUAGCUCUUUUUACGACGACGACGAUGAGUAUGACUAUAAGGACGAGCACGCUGAGCUGAGACAGUCGCUCAACAUCAUGUCUCUCAUUGUUUACUGCCUGGCCUUUGUUCUCGGUGUGCUCGGGAAUGGAGUGGUUAUCUGGGUGACCGGGUUCAAGAUGAAGAAAACAGUCAACACAGUCUGGUUCCUCAACCUCGCUGUGGCCGACUUCCUCUUCACCGCCUUUCUGCCCCUGAGUGUGACCUACACAGCUUUGGAUUUCCACUGGCCUUUUGGCAAGUUCAUGUGCAAACUGAACAGCACAAUAAGCUUUCUGAACAUGUUUGCCAGUGUCUUCAUUCUGGUGGUGAUCAGUGUGGACAGAUGUGUGUCUGUGGUGUGGCCCAUCUGGGCCCAGAACCACCGAAGUGUACGCAAGGCAUCCUGUGUGAGUCUGGGGGUCUGGCUUCUGGCUCUGAUUCUCAGCACUCCGUACUUCAUCUUCAGGGACACUGGGCCGUCGUACAACAAUUACGACAUCAUCAACUGCUUUAACAACUUUGCUUUUUCUGAUGACUAUGAAACGCCAGCUGUGAAUCAGCUGCGACAGUUUCGUCAUCAGGCCAUGACCAUUACCCGCUUCCUCCUGGGGUUUGUUGUCCCCUUCACCGUUAUUGUCUCCUGUUAUGCUGUGAUAAUUCAUCGUCUCAGAAGAAACCGCACCCUGGCCAGCCACUCAAGUCGCACCUUCAAGAUCAUCGGUGCAGUUAUCACCAUUUUCUUCCUGUGCUGGGCUCCUUAUCACAUCAUGGCUUUAAUUGAGUUGGUCAAUCACAUGGCUAAUCAUGCAAGUGAAACAUUAGACCACAUCACCACUAUUGGAGUCCCGAUAGCAACCAGCCUGGCCUUCCUCAACAGUUGCCUGAACCCACUGCUGUAUGUGUUCAUGGGCCAAGAUUUCAAGGAUAAAAUCCGCAAAUCCAUCCUGAAUGUUUUGGAGACUGCCUUCCAGGAAGAGGUUUCUCGCUCCUAUACCUACACAAACUCAAUGGUCACCAGUCGGAGCAAAGAAAAGUCUGUUUCUGAUGCUGAGGUAUAAUGUUUUCCAUGGUUUGAAAAAAACAAAUACUGUAAAUAGCUAAUGUAACUGUAUAUAACAAAUAACUUGGCUUCUGCUGUUGUUUUUUAUCAAAGGACUCUCAAUCUCUAUACAUUAUCUGAAAUUGAGACAUUACACCUGUUCCCGUUGUUUUGAUCAACAUGAUAUUCACGAUUGGCAACUUCACCGUCCACAUUUACAAUAUUACAAAUGGUCAUAUUAUACAGUAACUACUAGAUCCAUGUGUGAUGCAAUUGUGGGAUGAUUGAUUUGUAAUAAAUGGAAAGCUGAAAUGUGUUAUAAUAAUAAUAAUAAUAAUACAUAUUAUUUAUGGAGAGCUUUACAAGUAAAUUUGGUAGGUUGUAAACUAAUGCACUGAAUAGUAAUAAUAAAGAAUAUACAGUGUGAAAUAGUGAUGAGGAACCACUGCAUAAACAGGCUUAUAGCUAAUAAAUUAGCAAACUUGCCCCUUACCACUGAUCCCAUUAAGUGUGUACAUGACAAAAUUGAGCAAAUGACCACAAAGACCAUCUUUGGUACGAAUUAAACUAUUUAGUUACACUAGAUUUUGUUUGAAUUCAUUUAGUUUCAUAAUGUUGCCUGUAUUGUCUUUUACUUACGAUGCCGGCCAUUUGGCAACAGAAACAGAUUCAACUUUCUUUUGACUGCUACAUAUCUGCAGCAUGCUUCGAUAAACAUGUUUUAUACAACGUUAUUCAGCACUAGAACAGGCUAAUGUACACCUAAUAAAUACCUUUUAUAGUGAAUAUGCUGUUUUUAGGUUUAAAGUACAAGCAUUGUAUACUUGGCAUGGUUUCAUAUUUUGAUUAUUGUUAGUUACUUUUUGGGGGAGAUAUGUUUCAUAUGCGAGUACAUGCACAGUGUGCCAUAAACCAAGCACUUCCAUGUAACAUCUCCACCAAUCAUCCAAAGUGUCUUAUGCUGUCUCAUUUUAGUUUACUAUAAAAUAGAUAAAGAAAAAUCACCAACACAUUUUAAAAACGAGAAUCAGUGAAUAUCUUUUAACCCUUGUGUUGCCUUAGGGUCAAUUUGACCCGAAUCAAUAUUACACCCUCCCACCACCUUAGGGUUAAUUCAAUGUUUAAUGUCGGUGUUCUUUCGGUAGUCAACAAACAAACAUAAAGUGCCUCACACUUAAACUUGGAAAACAAUAUUAAUUCUAAUAAUUUUCUGGAGGUUUUAAUUGCUGGCGUCAAAUUUAACCCAAAGGGUAAAAUAUGUUAGUAAAUAUAAAGGUAACAGGAGGGUGAAACAUUGAAUCGGAUCAAAAUGACCCUAAGGCGGUGGGAGGGUGUAAUAUUGAUUCGGGUCAAAUUGACCCUAAGGCAACACAAGGGUUAAACGAUCAAUCGGUUAUCAAUCGACUGAUUGAAUGGAGACAAAGCGUAAAGGACACACCAAUUCUGUGUAUUGUAUGACUUUGGUAUUGUGUAAUAUUGUGAUGAACCUCUCUAUAAAAUGUCUCAUGUAAACAAUGUAAAUUGAGAUUUGACUGUUUGUAUUUUAAUAUGUAUAUCACAUACACAAAUUCUCUAAUGUAACACAUAACUAACAAGAAGCCCAUCGCAGUGCUUACUUUUUAUUGUUUCUUCACUUCCUCUUUAUUAUUAUUAUAGUCCUCGCCAGUAGAGGGAGCUAUUUUACCAAUUACAUGCUUCUUAGAUUCAGAACAGCUAACUUCAUAGGAAAAAAAUAAAUCUCAUUGUUUUGUUCCAAUAGUGCAAAAAGAAUUGUAGCACUUACAAUAUUAAAGGCAUUCCAGUGAAGUCGUCAGGAAGUGGAUACAUCAUCACUCGUUUGUGAUUGUAUAAAUAUUAUGUGUAGACUUUUAGUGCCAAAGUCUGGACUUAUUAGUAGCUCUGACAUUAUGUCCUAUAUUCUGAAAAACUGAAUUGUCAAACAUCAAUAAUUAAUGUGAUGAUGUUAUUAGUAAAAUAGUAUAAAUAAUAGUUCAUUCUUAUUGUCAAAUAAGUUAUACUCUAAAAGGAAAGAUACAAUAAAACUUGUUUCAGUCCACUGUAAA